CCACGCCGCCUCUCUCAGCCUCUUCGCGAUGAAGGUCAUGCUUGUUGCUUGCGAGUCUUGUCGCUUGCGCAAAAGAAAAUGCGACAGAGCUUACCCUACUUGCUCUUUGUGCCAAAGGGCCGGGCGAGUGUGUUCCUAUGCCCUCUACCGCGUCACCGAAAGCAUCCCAAACCAGACCUCAAAAGCUUUGGUGACUGACAGUCACCACAUGCACAGUUCCAAGAAUGUCACGCCCAAGUCCUGGGACGCUAUCGAGAGUCAAGUUUAUAUCUCGUGGGCCAUUCAGGCUCCAGCCGUCUCAGAUUCCUAUCCCAUCGCUUCUCGCUGGUACAUGCCACGCCUGAUCAAGCACUUUGUUGAAUGCCACAAUGCCACACGCGUGCCGAUUAACGAUAGAUCUAGCUCUUAUAAAUUGCAGACUACCUGGAUGAGGGGUGCAAUGAGCGACCCGUGCUUGUUCCACGCAACUCUCUUUACCGGCUCCUCUAAUUUUGAUCUUCGCCGCGGAGUACAGCAGAGCACGAUCACUCUGUAUCAUUACAAUGAACUGAUCAAAUCGGUCAAGAAGCGUCUAUCAGACCCGAGAACGGCACUAGACGACCGUACGAUAGCUGCAAUCACGCCGCUGGCACUCUUCGCUGUCCUCACCGGGGAUAGAGCUGCUGCGGAGGUGCACCGAGCUGGUCUGGCGAAGAUCGUCCAGCUAAGGGGUGGUUUGGAAAAACUAGGCCUGGAAGGACUAACGGCAUCUCUCAUCUACGUGUUCGUCGGCCCUUCUACCAUGAAUGGAAAUGAGUCCCUGACCGGAUCACAGAAACGGUGUUAUCUCAGAUAUUGUUUUUGACACGGACUCAAGACCUUUACCGCACUGCCCCCCUAUGUCACUACCUGGCCUCGAGGAACGAGUUCUCAGUACACUUAUCAGUCGAUGUGCACCGGAUUUCCCCGGUCGCUCCAUCCAGGCCUUGUUCCAAUACAUCCAGAAGCUCAAGCUUCAGCUUCUAGCCCAUCGAUCCACAGAUAAUUGGGAC